AUGCCAUCGGCAACUUCGACGCCCUCCUCCACCAUCGCCACAUUAACCAACGACGCAAAGAUGGCCGCAGCCCCACGUCCAUCCGUGCUUGCCACGCCACGCAGGCCAUUCGGCUCGGUCGCACCCUCCAACGCCGAGAUGCGCAAGGUGUACGCCGACCUGGACAACAACGCCGUGUUCGACUUUGCCAGCAUCGUUUCGGCCGUCAAGACCUUCUCCACACGCUUCCGCGCCUACACCGAGAAUGCCAUCUCCAACAUCAACGACGACAAGGCCGAAUUCGACGCGAACCGCAUGGAGCAUCGCAACCAGCUCCGCACGCUCGAGCGCGAGAUCGAAGACGCAAAGACAUCCCAGGGCGAGCUGUGGGAUACCAUCGCGCGCGAACGAGACCAGGACGCAGACCUUCGAUCGAGGCAGCAGACGCUCCAAUCCCAGAAGGCAUCCGUCGCCCAGCGAUGCAACGAGCUCCACGCCGAGAUCGCAGAACUCAAGCAGAUCCUCGAAAAGAAGAAGCUCGCCAAGGAAUCGCAACGCGAGAAGCUCAAGGAGCAGAGCGACAAGAAUGCGCCCGAGCUGCGUCUCCUCGAGUCCAAGACGGGAUGCUCCGUCGUACCCACAAAGGUGGGCGACCAGCUCAAGUUCACCUUCAACCUCAUGAACGCAGACGACUGGUCGCACGAGUGCCACUUUACCAUCGACGUCAGCAGCACAAAGUACAAACUCACCUCGGUGCAGCCCCGCCUCGAUUCGACCUUGCAAGAAUCGCUGCUGCACGAACUCAACUCGACGCGCAAGUUCUACACGUUCGUCAAGAAGAUGCGCGCUGCGUUGCGUGCCCAGGUCGAAAAGCAGCGUCUCGAAGCACGCGACAAGGCACGAGGCGGAGGCCGUUGA